UAGUUGAUUCAUCUUAAAGCUUUGGCUGGUCGCCGUAGUAAUAUUUAACGAAAUUGCAUUUGUUUUUCUGAAUCACGCAAAUAAUGGCAGAUUUGGAAAAUUACGAUAUGGUUUCUGAAAAUUCAUCUCAGGCUUCCGAACAUGAAAAAGCCUUGGCUUUGAGCGCCCAACUCGACUUUGAAAAGACAAAUUAUGAAUCCGCCAUCCAGCUUCUUUCAAAACUGGAAUCCUCUCGACCACAGGAUCCAAAAGUUAUACAUAACAAAGCCAUAGUGAAUUGUUUUAAAGCUGGUUUGACAAACAUUGUUCAGCUUCGGAAAGCUCUAACAUCAAUCGCCAGACAACUGCAGUGCAAUCUUGAAGAACCCAAAACCUUGGUGGAUGUAGAUCAAUGUUAUGUGUUCUACAAUGAAGCUGUUUUGCUUUAUUGUCUUAGACAGUAUCCAAAAUCCCUGCAAAUUUUGAUCAAAAUAUUCUCUUUGGUUGAGCAGUUGGAUGAGAGCUUAGCCCGCCAGGUUUGUUUCCUCCUAGCAGAAGUCUACCUGCGUCUGAAUUUUCCAAUCAAAACUCUGAAGAUGGUACACUUCAUGGAAACAAGCUUGUUGAGUCAUGGUGCAAAGCUCAAGUCUACACUGCCUCUAGAGAGGGAGCGGGAUAAAGAAAAAGACUGUGAUGGGAAGGAAGACCUCAAAAACAGUUUUGGGGAUGAGUUGCUCAUUCCACCUGGUGUGCGGAUUCGAUUGCAGCGUUUGAAAAUUCGGGCAAAUCUUUGUCUCUCCCAGAUAGAAGAAGCCGAAAGGGAAUUGGCUCUGUUAACCGAGAUUGAUCCCGAGAACGCUGCCACACUAUGUCUAAAGAGCAAAACCCUUUUCUUCAAAGGCAAUUACGUCGAAUCAUUGAAACAGCUGACAUUACCGAAAGACGAUGGCCGCUUUAAAGAACGAGGUGAAUCUGAUGUCGUAAUGUAUCACAACAAUACCGGUUGUAUCUAUCACGCAAUGGGCAAGUACCACUUAGCGUGUCUUCAUUUUCAAAAAUCGCUUAACAAAAGCAGUGAACUUUUUGCCGAGUUUCCGAAACCGUCGACAGGAGACCCAAUUUCCAAUCGACCUUUGGUCACCAUUGGAAGUAACUACAAGUAUGAACUUCUGUACAAUAUGGGGGUCAGUCUAUUAUACGCCCGCAAGCCAGCCGAUGCCUUUGAUUGUCUCAUAGAAGCUGUACAGCUUCACCACAGAGAUCCGUUGAUCUGGUUACGGCUAGCCGAGUGUUGUAUCCAAGUCCACAAACCUGAAAAUAGAAAAGAUUUUCGAUUGACCGAGCGUCAGCGAGAAAUUGUUAAGGCAACCGCUGGAUUCGCAUCUCACAGAAAAGUUGUGUUGUCUUCUAGGAUAUCUAACGACGACUGCAAAAGUUCCGAGAAUGCAGCCAUUCCGGUGCCUACAUUAGAAUUCAGCAUCUUAGCCCUGCGGAAUGCGGAACUAUUACUCAAUAAAUUGAUAAUACCAAAAGGUGUUGAAGAUACCAGUGGUAAGGAAGAGUCUGAUUCGAAAGGAAAACCGGAUUUAAAUGUAACACUGAGCGAAGUGAGCACCUUAUCCAAAUUACGCAAGCCAGAAUUCUACCGUAAUUUGAAGAACACAAUAAUCGCCGAUAGUUCUUACGCCGCCCUCUGUUUGGGUGAUUACCUCACUUCUCUCUACAAAGCGGAAGAACUGCUAACACAGCCACAUCUAUCCGGCAAUCACAAAUUGUUGGGUCACCUCUAUGCAGCUGAAUCCCUAGUUCUUUUGAAUCGAAUAAAUGAAGCGGUACCUCACCUACACCCAGAAAACGUGACGAAGCUUUCGAAUUUUUCCUCCACUGAAAAUGAAACUUCACAAUUUUUGCCUCAUACAUCAGAUUGGUUCCCGACAUCCACACAAACAGCCAAAGUAGUACUACAAUAUAAUCUGAGCACCGUGUACGCCUUAAGAGGGGAAUACGAAAAGGCAGGAGAAUUGGUCCGUCAGUUAUGGAACGCCAGCAAAAGUCAUGGUAUUGACGUCCCUAUCCAAGUUGUCACACUGGCCUUGUACAUCGAGUUGCAAUUAGGACGAACAGAAGUUGCUCGAAAUAUAAUUAAACAGCAUUGCCCACAAUAUCGAUGAACGUAAACUCGAAAUGAAUUGACACGAAACGAUAGAAUUGGAACACAGAAACGUCGGCCUCUUUAUGGAGUUUAAUUAGUCUUUUCACUAAUCAACAGUGAAAUCAGUGAUGGUAUACUCUUCCUCGAUGUCUUUGUGAUGCCGUUUAAUAUUAACAUGAAUGAAUAACAGAUUUUUUUAAAUUUUGUCCGUUCAUGUGGGACACUCUUUACAUGACCCAUGUUUAUAAUACAUCUGGCUGUUAAAGCCAAACAGUACAGAUGCAA